AUGGCUGAAAUUACCUAUCUGUAUUUCUUUGGAUAUCCUCCAAAUUUCCAGUGUAAGAAUUUUACUGCACCUUCUAAUGCAUCGGUGCUAAUAGAACCACAGACAUGUGACGUCACCUACAUAACCAACUCACUGAAUAAAUCGGAGUCUACAAAUACCCCUUGUCCAAAUGGCUACAAAUACGACGGACCACAAACUGCGGUCACGGAGUGGGACCUGAUAUGUGACAGAGAAAGUUUGGGGCAGAUGUCCACUGCUGUGGUCAUGGUGGGCCAGAUGCUGGGAGCCACCAUCUUUUCUGUUAUUGUAGAUAAAAGUGGCAGACAUGGAGUCACGUGCUUCUGUUUCAUAGCUCUGACCGUCUGCUCCCUUGGUCUUGCCUUCAACACCUUCUUUGCACUGUUUGUUAUUUUGAGAUUCCUCAUUGGUGCAUUUCAACAGGGAGUCCAGAUGGCACAAGGUUCUCUGAUUAUAGAAAUGUUUCCAACGGAAUUCCGAGCUACCACUACCUUGAUAGGUGCUUUAAUGUGGGCGGUGAGUAUAGCGUCCCUCUCUCUGUUCGGCUACCUCCUACAAGACCAAUCCUGGAGAUACUUACAGCUUCUGGUGGGUCUGAUUGGCAUCCAUUGUCUGGGAACGCAUUGGUUACAGCACGAAUCUUUACGGUGGUUGGUGGCGAAUGGCAAAGACGAAGAGAUAAAAGUUUGGAUAAUUAGAGCAGCAAAAUGGAAUAAAAAGGAUCCAGAACAGAUUCUGAAGCACUUAUACUCGCCAGUAAAGGAGGGAGAGCAAUUGCUUGUGAAUUCAGAUCAUCAAAUAGCAGACAGUGCAGACGACUCAAUUACAGAAAAAUACAAUAUCCUCGACAUUGUACGAAAAAGAAGAGUUUUAGUCAUAUCUUUUAUCCUGUGGACUGCUUGGUUUGUCGUCAGUUUGUCUUAUUACGCCCUGUACCUGAUGUCCAGUAGUUUAUCAGGAAACAGAUUUCUGAAUUUCUUCCUUAAUGCUUUGGCAGAAAUUCCUAGCCAGUUCGUCCUUUGGUAUCUUGUCGGAAAGAUAGGUAGAAGAUAUACAUCCAUUGGAUUUUUCGCCCUCUCAGGACUCUUCCUCAUUGCAUCUGCACUUAUUUUGAAAUUUGCAGUCCACCUAAGUACCCUGUCUUUGAUAUUUAGUCUGGUGGGGAUGUUCGGAAUUGCUGGUGCUUUUUCGUGCCUGUUUCUCAUAACCCCAGAGCUGUAUCCAACCAACUUAAGAAGCACGGGCCUUGGUUUGUCGUCCACUGCUGGUCGGAUUGGGUCUAUUCUGUCGCCAUUUGCCUCCUCUUUUGCUCUACACGUGCCUUGGGGACCAGGAUUAACUUUUGGAAUUUUGUGCUUGAUUCUUACGUUUCUCUUCAUGUGGUUGCCAGAAACAAAGGAUAAAGUAUUACCCACAACCGUUAACGAUCUGGACAAACCACCAAAGUCUUCUCAGGAGCUCUAAGCAACGUGUGUGAUCGCUUAUGUUUCAUGCACUAACGUUAUAGACAAUUACUACAGAUCAGACUGCUACGCACUG